AUGUCUGCAAUAGUGACAACAGUUUUCAAAGCAACUAUCGGUUUGCUUGUGCGAAAAGGAAGAGCAGCCGCAGCGGAAAAGCUCAAAGAAGGUGAUGUGGUUGAUCAGAAAUUCCGUCGCCUGAUCUUGCGUGAAAUUGACGAUGUUAAGUCCAAGUUGGAUGGACUAGCAAGAAAGGACUUAUUGUCAAGCUUCAGCUCCUUUGCAGAAGGUAUCGAGUACUUGUAUGAAGUGUUUGACAGAUCAAAAGCAAGAGUCGAGUAUGAAGAGGAUGCUUUCGCAGCGCAAGCUGCUGCUGACAAAGCUGGAAGACAGACACGUUUUCUCACGAGGCAAAUGAGUUCCUUAGAUGAGACCGACCUGCUGGAUGAUUCAGUAAGAAAAGAACUAGAAAUCGCGAAAAAAAGGUUUGAAUACGCCCGUGAGAAAGCGAGGGAUGCCUUUGCCAAUGAAGCACUGGAUUUGUGUGAUCGCAUUUUAGCCAUGCAGUAUCGAGUUAUGGCAACAAUACUACAGAGUUGUGACAGUCCCCAGGAUGCGCUACCAGCCUGUAGAGUGUGCAUUGAAGAACUACACUCCUUGGCUACUGUUAAGGAGUGCUUUGACGUGCAGCUCAACAAAGGGUUCUGGGCCCGAUUUAGCAAAGACGAAAGGCGGAAAGUUAUCUCUGCCGUCUGCCAUUUAAAUCGAGUUAUUUACGAUGUCACCCUUAUGGUGGGGUUUGGCGUUAAGGAAUGGCCCUACGUUGACACGGGAAAAGAGAAAAUUGAUCCGAUUCGUGACGAAAGACUCACCAAACUUUUACGAAAACAAGGCAUGGAGCACUGUUUCGUCAAACCGUGGUCGUUUGGUCAGAAUGGUGAAAAGGAACAGAGAGUAAGGAGCCCUGUGGGUAUCGCUACGAAUACACGAGAGCACUUUAUUGUGGCGGACGAUGGAGAUAAAUCAGUCAAGGUGUUUGAAAGCAACGGAAACUUCUUACGCAGUGUUAGUCUGCAAAGUGAUGAUGCGGGCAAUACUGAGCUGCAUAUUCUUGAUAUUGCUACUGAUGAAUAUGACAACAGCUAUGUCUUGAUCGGACUACAGAAGUUCGAGAUUAAAGAAAAUGAGAUGGAAGUCCAAAUAUUCAACACCGCAACUUCCCUGCGUCGCAAGUUUCAUGUGAAAAAAGGGCCAUGGGGACAGGGCAGAAGACUGACAAUUUGCAGAGGCAAAGUCUUGGUAUUAAGAGGAUCCGGAUCAGGAGAUGUUGUAGAAGUAUAUAAAGGCGAUGGACGAUUUGUUCGUAACUUUGGAGGAGGACUGAUUAAAAGUGCAAGAGAUAUCGCUGCUACUGGGGAUCACAUCAUGGUCAUGGACACUGGUGAUUGUAGCGUCCACCUAUUCACUCUUAAGGGAAAACGCGAGGCCAAAAUCACUGUCGACUUUAAUGGAGAUCACCAUUUGAGAGCUGCCUUCCAUCCUACAGGUGAACAGUUUGUUGUGGCUGGGUACGAAAGAGAAAAGGCAUAUCCAGUAAUGGCGGUUUUCAGCACCGCAGGAGACUUUGUGCGUAGGAUUCAAUUCGGGGAAGUAAAGACUAAUUGGGUUGGCGGCAUGAUAGUGACCAUGGAGGGUCAAGUUGCUGUAAUAGUUGGAGGGGAGAGUGAACCUUGCAAAGUGAGUAUAGUUGCCAUGUAA